GCCGCCAGACGCACGAUCCUUGCCCAUCCCGCGAACACAUGGCAAAAAUGUCCAGCCCUACUGAGACCGAGCGGUGCAUCGAGUCUCUGAUUGCUGUUUUCCAGAAGUUUGCUGGAAAGGAGGGUAACAACUGCACACUCUCCAAGACAGAGUUCCUAACCUUCAUGAAUACAGAACUGGCUGCCUUCACAAAGAACCAGGACCCUGGUGUCCUUGAUCGCAUGAUGAAGAAACUGGACCUCAACGCUGAUGGGCAGCUAGAUUUCCAAGAAUUUCUUAAUCUUAUUGGUGGCAUGGCCAUAGCUUGCCAUGACUCCUUUACAAGGUCUACCCAUUUCCGGAAGUAAAUCAGAGGGGCUCUUGGGCCUUGGCCUCCAGACCACCUCUUUCCU